UUCAAAAAUAACUAUAUCCAAGGCUCCCCCUUCUAAGUUUUAGCGAGAGCUGGAAAUAAUACCUUUAAAACCCGUUUAGGAAAGUUUUAGAAAAUAUCUGAAUCGACCUUUAUUUCUAAGGAAUUAUUUUUCUUCUCUGGUUUUCGCCGAUUGAAUCCCCGUUGCCGAUUUUGCGCCGUCAGCAAUCGCUAUGAACUGCGAAGUUUGCCAGCUCAAAGAACUCGAUGUUGAGCACUUUGAGAUACGUGAAGUUCUUCGAUGCAUUCUGCACACUAUUUUGUUCCACAGGGCUUUAGGGCUAGUUCGCCCCAAAGAUAUUGAUCUGGAGCUCUUUGAGAUUACAUAUGUACAAUGUGGUGAUUUGGAACUUGAUCGCAAAAUAGACGAGAAGAUUGACCAAUUUAUUGACAGGGUCGAGAAGCACCCGAACAAGAAAAACCAGAUAUGCCUAUCCUUCUACGAGAUAAAGAACAAACAGGCGACUUGGUUUACUAAUAAAGUCGAGCGCCUCUACUGGGAACAGUGGUACAUAAAUUUGAAUGUGGUACAUCCAAAGGGUCAUUAUGGAAAGUCGUAUUCUUCAAAGAUGGCGAUUGUUCCUGGAGGAGAUACUGCAGCUGAGGCAAGGAAUGCUAGACGUGGGGCUCUAGAAUCUUCCCUCCGUGAUGUUCUGUUUCAAAUAAUCAGAUUCGUGAACGAGAAGAAGGAUCAUGUUCCUCCAAUACCGAAUCUCGAAGGUGUCUCGUUUCCUUAUGAAAUUACUAUCUCGAGCUCAUCAGAUUCAGCAUUCGGGAUGGACAUGUUCAAAAGGAUGCUCCAAACUGGGCACCCUACUAUGCUUAGCUGACUAAUCACUAAGCAAAUAUCCCUCGAACUUAUAUUUCGAUUUCAGCUCUAUCUUCAGGAUUUCGAUUAUCCUGUGCAUAUGAACAGAGGCUAAAUUCUGGUCUUAUAGGACCAUGCCAUGUAUAUUUAAAAGUGAAAUGUGAUUCUCUUCCUCUGGAAAAAGAACAUUCAACCAUGUAUAUAUUCAACUUAUUCUUGGAAUAUAUCAUAUAUGUUGAUCUAAGAUGUUCAUUUAAGACGUAUGUUCUUCCUGUCCCAACUUUUGGUCGAAUUUAAACUCGCCGAUAAAGUUAACAAAGGUCCAGGCCUUGAC